ACUUCCUUUUGGAGCAAAUACUUUCUGCACUAAUUUCAGUUUUCAGCAGAGGGAAGCUAGACGGAGUAAGCAGUGUCAGCUCAUCAAUGUAUCACUAAAGCUCCCCAAAAUGAGACUUCCGGCAAAGGUGCUCUGGUUUGUGAUAUGCACUGUCUGUGUAGCACAAGAUUGUAAAGAACCUCCUCCAAAAAAAAAUAUAGAAAUUCUGUCAGGUUCCUGGAAUGAACAAACAUACCCAGAGGGUACUCAGGCUGUUUAUAAAUGCCGACCUGGAUACAGAACUCUUGGAACUAUUGUGAUGACAUGCAGGAAUGGAGAAUGGGUGGCUGUUAACCCCGCAAGAGUGUGUCGGAAAAAGCCCUGUGGACAUCCUGGAGAUACUCCCUUUGGAUCUUUUCAUCUUGCAGUAGGAAAUGAGUUUGAAUUUGGAGCAAAGGUUGUUUAUACAUGUAACGAGGGGUAUAGAAUGUUAGGUGACAUUGACUACCGGGAAUGUGCGGUAGAUGGAUGGACCAAUGAUAUUCCUUUAUGUGAAGUUGUCAAGUGCUUGCCAGUGAAAGAACCAGAGAAUGGGAAAAUUAUCAGUGAAUUGGAACCAGACCAGGAAUAUUUCUUUGGACAAGUAAUACAGUUUGAAUGUAAUUCAGGCUUCAAACUCGAUGGAGAUAAGCAAAUACAUUGCUCAGAAAAUGGUAUUUGGAGUGGAAUAAAACCACAAUGUGUAGAAAUUUCUUGCAAUUCUCCAGUAAUUACAAAUGGGCAUAGUCUUUCUCAGAAGAAAAUUUAUAAGAAAAAUGAACGAUUUCAAUAUAAAUGUAACCCAGGUUUUGAAUAUACUGAAAGAGGAGAUGCGGUGUGCACUAGCAGUGGAUGGAGUCCAGAACCUUCAUGUAAAGAAGUAACAUGUAAUGCUCCUUAUAUUCCAAAUGGAUCCUACUUACCGAAAAGGAUUCAACACAGAACUGGAGAUGAAAUCAAAUAUGAGUGUAAAACAGGUUUUUAUCCUGCAACCCGGGGAAAUACAGCAAGAUGCACGGGGAGUGGCUGGGUGCCUGGUCCAAGAUGUAGCUUGAAACCCUGUGAUUUUCCACAAAUAAAUCAUGGACGUCUGUAUUAUGAAGACAGAUAUAGACCAUACUUUCCAGUAGCUGUAGGAAACUAUUAUAGCUAUCACUGCAACCCCAAUUUUGUGACUCCUUCAAAUUCAUACUGGGAUUACAUUCAUUGCACCAAAGAAGGAUGGUCACCCAAAGUGCCCUGUCUCAGAAAAUGUACAUUCAGUUAUGUGGAAAAUGGAUAUCGUCCAUCUUCAGAAAGACCUUAUUUACAGAAUGAAUCUGUGAAAGUUGACUGCUAUCCGGGAUAUAGUCUUCCAAAUGAGCAGACCGAAAUCACAUGUACAGAGAAUGGCUGGUCCCCUCUCCCCAAGUGCAUACGUGUCAAAACAUGUUCAAAAUUAGAUAUAGAAGUGGAGAAUGGGUUUAUGUCUGAAUUUGAUUUUACGUAUGCCCUAAACAGAAAAACAGAAUACAGGUGUAAGCCAGGAUAUGUAACCACAGAUGGUGAAACAUCAGGAUCAGUCACAUGUCUGCAGAGUGGAUGGUCCCAUCAACCCACAUGCAUUAAAUCUUGUGACAUGCCAGUUUUUGAGAAUUCCAGAGCCAAAAACAAUAGCAUAUGGUAUAAGCUUGGUGACCAAUUGGACUACGAGUGCCAUGAUGGAUAUGAAAACACAGAUGGACACACCAAAGGCACCAUAGAAUGUGGUUACAGUGGUUGGACUGAUUUACCCACAUGUUAUGAAAGAGAAUGCAGGGUUCCUCAAGUAGGAAAAGAGGUAUUUGUUAUUGAUCCCAAGAACGAAAAAUACAGAGCUGGAGACGUGCUGAAAUUCACCUGCAGAGCGGGACUUAGAAGAGUGGGACCAGAUUCAAUACAGUGUUACCACUUUGGAUGGUCCCCUAAUGUUCCAACAUGUAAAGGGCAAGUACAAUCAUGUAGUUCACCUCCUCAGCUCCUCAAUGGACAAGUUAAAGGAAUAAAGAAAGAAGAAUAUGAACACAGUGAGGUAGUGGAAUAUGUUUGCAAUUCUAAAUUUCUGUUGAAGGGGCCUCAUAAAAUUGAGUGUGUUGAUGGAAACUGGACAACCUUACCAACAUGUAUUGAGGAGGAAAGCACAUGUGGAGAUAUACCUGAACUGGAGCAUGGCUACGUUGAGCCUUCUGCCCCUCCCUAUCACCAUGGAGAUUCAGUGGCGUUCAGCUGCAGAGAAACAUUUACAAUGAUUGGACACAGAUCAAUUACAUGCAUUAAUGGAACAUGGACUCAACUUCCUCAGUGUGUUGCGACAGAUCAACUUGAGAAGUGUGUAGUACCAGAUUCAAUUGCAAGUGAGACAAACCUAUCAAGUAAGAAUGAAUAUAAUCAUAACUCCAACGUAAGUUACAGAUGUUGGGGAAAAUCAGGAAAUAAACACUCAAUCUGCAUAAAUGGGAGAUGGGAUCCCAAACUAACUUGCACAGAAGUAAAAAUACAGCUAUGCCCACCACCACCUCAGAUUCCCUAUUCUCAAAAUGUGACAACCACAGUGAAUUAUCAGGAUGGAGAAAAAAUGUCUAUUCUUUGUCAAGAAAAUUAUCUAAUUCAAGGAGCAGAGGAAAUUGUGUGCAAAGAUGGAAGGUGGCAAUCAAUACCACGCUGUGCUGAAAAAAGUCCAUGUUCUAAACCGCCUGACGUAGACCAUGGAAGAAUUAGAUCAUCUAUAUUUCCAGAAGAAGGGGAAGGCAGAGUUUACCCACAUGGCACUAAAUUAAGCUAUGUUUGUGAAGAUGGUUUCAGCAUAUCGGGAGGAGAUGGAAUAACGUGCCACAUGGGAAAAUGGAGUUCUCCACCUCUCUGUGUAGUGAAACCCUGUGAUUUUCCACAAAUAAAUCAUGGACGUCUGUAUUAUGAAGACAGAUAUAGACCAUACUUUCCAGUAGCUGUAGGAAACUAUUAUAGCUAUCACUGCAACCCCGAUUUUGUGACUCCUUCAAAUUCAUACUGGGAUUACAUUCAUUGCACCAAAGAAGGAUGGUCACCCGAAGUGCCCUGUCUCAGAAAAUGUACUUUCAGUUAUGUGGAAAAUGGAUAUCGUCCGUCUUCAGAAAGAGCUUAUAUACAGAAUCAAUCUGUAAAAGUCGACUGCUAUCCGGGAUAUAGUCUUCCAAAUGAGCAGACCGAAAUCACAUGUACAGAGAAUGGCUGGUCCCCUCUCCCCAAGUGCAUACGCGUCAAAACAUGUUCAAAAUCAGAUAUCGAAGUGGAGAAUGGGUUUAUGUCUGAAUUUGAUUUUACAUAUGCCCUAAACAGAAAAACAGAAUACAGGUGUAAGCCAGGAUAUGUAACCACAGAUGGUGAAACAUCAGGAUCAGUCACAUGUCUGCAGAGUGGAUGGUCCCAUCAACCCACAUGCAUUAAAUCUUGUGACAUGCCAGAUUUUGAGAAUUCCAGACCCAAAACCAAUAGCAAAUGGUAUAAGCUUGGUGACAAAUUGGACUAUGAGUGCCAUGAUGGAUAUGAAAACAUGGAUGGACACAGCAAAGGCACCAUAGAAUGUGGUUACCAUGGUUGGACAGAUUUACCUACUUGUUAUGAAAGAGAAUGCAGGGUUCCUCAAGUAGGAAAAGAGGUAUUUGUUAUUGAUCCCAAGAACGAAAAAUACAGAGUUGGAGACGUGCUGAAAUUCACCUGCAGAGCGGGACUUAGAAGAGUGGGACCAGAUUCAAUACAGUGUUACCACUUUGGAUGGUCCCCUAAUGUUCCAACAUGUAAAGGGCAAGUACAAUCAUGUAGUUCACCUCCUCAGCUCCUCAAUGGACAAGUUAAAGGAACAAAGAAAGAAGAAUAUGAACACAGUGAGGUAGUGGAAUAUGUUUGCAAUUCUAAAUUUCUGUUGAAGGGGCCUCAUAAAAUUGAGUGUGUUGAUGGGAAGUGGACGACCUUACCAACGUGUAUUGAGGAGGAAAGCACAUGUGGAGAUAUACCUGAACUGGAGCAUGGCUACGUUGAGCCUUCUGCCCCUCCCUAUCACCAUGGAGAUUCAGUGGCGUUCAGCUGCAGAGAAACAUUUACAAUGAUUGGACACAGAUCAAUUACAUGCAUUAAAGGAACAUGGACUCAACUUCCUCAGUGUGUUGCGACAGAUCAACUUGAGAAGUGUGUAGUACCAGAUUCAAUUGCAAGUGAGACAAACCUACCAAAUAAGAAUGAAUUUAAUCAUAACACCAAAAUAAGUUACAGAUGUUGGGGAAAAUCAGGAAAUAAACACUCAAUCUGCAUAAAUGGGAGAUGGGAUCCCAAACUAACUUGUACAGAAGUAAAAAUACAACCAUGCCCACCACCACCUCAGAUUCCCUAUUCUCAAAAUGUGACAACCACAGUGAAUUAUCAGGAUGGAGAAAAAAUGUCUAUUCUUUGUCAAGAAAAUUAUCUAAUUCAAGGAGCAGAGGAAAUUGUGUGCAAAGAUGGAAGAUGGCAAUCAAUACCACGCUGUGCUGAAAAAAGCCCAUGUUCUAAACCGCCUGACGUAGACCAUGGAAGAAUUAGAUCAUCUAUAUUUCCAAAAGAAGGGGAAGGCAGAGUUUACCCACAUGGCACUAAAUUAAGCUAUGUUUGUGAAGAUGGUUUCGGCAUAUCGGGAAGAGAUGGAAUAACGUGCCACAUGGGAAAAUGGAGUUCUCCACCUCUCUGUGUAGUGAAACCCUGUGAUUUUCCACAAAUAAAUCAUGGACGUCUGUAUUAUGAAGACAGAUAUAGACCAUACUUUCCAGUAGCUGUAGGAAACUAUUAUAGCUAUCACUGCAACCCCGAUUUUGUGACUCCUUCAAAUUCAUACUGGGAUUACAUUCAUUGCACCAAAGAAGGAUGGUCACCCGAAGUGCCCUGUCUCAGAAAAUGUACUUUCAGUUAUGUGGAAAAUGGAUAUCGUCCGUCUUCAGAAAGAGCAUAUUUACAGAAUGAAUCUGUGAAAGUUGACUGCUAUCCGGGCUAUAGUCUUCCAAAUGAGCAGACCGAAAUCACAUGUACAGAGAAUGGCUGGUCCCCUCUCCCCAAGUGCAUACGUGUCAAUUCUACAGGAAAAUGUGGACCUCCUCCCCCAAUUGAAAAUGGAGACAUCACCUCAUUGUCAUUACCAGUAUAUACUUCAGGUUCAUCCGUGGAGUAUCAGUGCCAGUCCUUGUAUCGACUUGAAGGUGACAAGAAAAUAAUGUGCAGAAAUGGAAAGUGGGGAAAACCACCAAAAUGCUUACAUGCAUGUGUAAUAUCAGAAGAAAAUAUGAACAGAAAUAACAUACAAUUAAAGUGGACAAACAACAAAAAACUUUAUGCAAAAACAGGAGCCAUUGUUGAAUUUGAGUGUAAAUUGGCACAUAAAGCAAAGAGACUGUCACCAUCAUUUCAGGCAAUCUGUCAGGAAGGGAAAUUUGAGUAUCCCAUAUGUGAGUGAGAAAACCACAAUUUCACUGAAACUAUUUUGACCGUCGUCAUAAAUGCAUGUUUAAAUGUCCCCUGUGUGGACACUUGUAUUGUCAUGGCCUUUAUUCUUUUAAGUGUCAACUCAUUUUCAUCUAGGACUCUGGGUUUUCAGAAGUUCAGAAAUGUAUGAGCUGAGAGAUCGGUGCCUCGCUCACUUGGAGAGUCACCCUAUAGCCAGGGAAAUCACAAAACGGCUCUCUUGUUUAUCAGGAUCUACAGAAAGAGCAUUGUCCUUAGCAGCAAUUCCUUUCCUAACCUCUUCUAUCUGCCUGAAAGUUUUAACAUAACUCUGAAGUUUUCUGACUCAACUUUAUUUCACAGGACCUAGGGAAGUCGUGGUAGUCUCUGUCUCCAUGUCAUUACCACUAUGUACGUGCAAAAACUGUCAUGUUUCGUGAUUGUAGCAAGCACUCAUCCAGUGUGAUGACUCUUCAAGUCCUCUAAUGUAAGCAUAGCUGCCCUGCACAUGUUGACUAUUGCUUAAAGAGUUAAAUAGAUCAUCUCCAACCAGUGGGAGACUUUGAAAGGUAAACAAUUGUAGUGUGGUGAUUCUAGUAAAGGGAUAAAGGGCUCAUAUGAAAAAGGUGAUUAUUAAGGACGGGCAGUGGCAAAGCAGUUAAGAUGCUGCUUGGGGUGCCUGACUUCGAGUUCUGGGUCUGUGCCUGAUUCCAGCUUUCUAUUGAUGCACACCCUGUCAAGUGACGGGUGAUGAAUUAAGUACUUGGGUUCUUGCCACUUGCGUGGGAGACUUAGACCGAGUUCUUGGCUCUUGGCUUUGAUCUGGCCAGGCCAUGACAGUUGAGGGCAUCUGGGGAGUGAUUCAGCAGAUGGGAGCUCUCUCUCUGUCUCUCUUUCUGAAAUAAGUAAGUAAGUACAUAACUAAGUAAACAAAUAAAUAGGAGAUCUUUAAAACUGAUUGUGGAGAUCAUUGUACAGCUCCGUGAUUAUACUAAAAUUCAUUGAGCACUUCAAAUGUGUGAAUUGUAAGUUAUAUAAAUUAUGUCUUGAUAAAGCCACUACCAAAAACUUUCUCAACACUUAAAAAUCAAGAGAAAGACAUAAUAGAAAUUAAAAAUCAAAAAUAAUAUUUAAAAAAGAAGGCUUAGUAUAAGAAUUUAGAAGGGGGGCCAGCACUGUGGCAUAGCAGGUAAAGCCGCUGUCUGCAGUGCCAGCAUCCCAUAUGGGCACCAGUUCAAGACCCAGCUGCUCCCUUCCAAUCAGCUCUCUGCGAUGGCCUGGGAAAGCAGUAGAAGAUGGCCCAAGUCCUUGGGCCCCUGUACCUACAUGGGAGACCCGGAAGAAGCUCCUGGCUCUGGGCUUCAGAUCAGCUCAGCUCCGGCCAUUGUGACCAAUUGGGAAGUAAACCAGCAGAUGGAAGACCUUUUUCUCUAUCCUUCUCCCUCUCCCUCUCCGUCUCCCUCUCCCUCUGUGUAACUCUGACUUUCAAAUAAAUAAAUAAAUCUUUAAAAAAAGAAUUUAGGGGUCGGCACCUUGGCUCACUUGGCUAAUCCUCCGCCUGCGGCGCCAGCAUCCCAUAUGGGCACCGGGUUCUAGUCCCGGUUGCUCCUCUUCCAGGCCAGCUCUUUGCUGUGGCCCGGGAGGGCAGUUGAGGAUGGCCCAAGUGCUUGGGCCCUGCACCUGCAUGGGAGACCAAAAGGAAGCACCUGGCUCCUGGCUUCGGAUCGGCACAGCACGCCGGCCAUAGCGGCCAUUUUGGGGGUGAACCAAUGGAAGGAAAACCUUUCUCUCUCUCUCUCUCUCUCUCUCUCUCUCUCUCUCCCUCUCUCAUUGUCUAGCUCUGCCUGUCAAAUAAAAAAAAGAAUUUAGAAGAAACCUAUCUGAGGUUGAAUAAUUUAAGAAUUGUGACUCAUACUUGCUAUCUAUUGAGGCAGCUGACCUGUCUCGGAAAGAGGACAUAGCAGUUUUAUUUAUGCUUCUCAGUUCUGAAAGGGAAAUCCUGAAGAGAAAUAUCACCUAAAAGUGUCAGAAGAGUGAAAUAUGCAUAAAAUGUUUUUUCUGAGUACAAGAUGUAAAAGUAUUUUAAACUUGGAUUUUUCCCUCCCAUUUUCUUAGAAUGUGUUUCUGACUUUCUCAAGUUACUUGGGGGCACAUGAUCUAGAUGUUUGAGCAACAGCUCAAGGUUUGUUGAUAAGGUUUGCUCUUCUUAGCUUAUUGUUCCCCUUGUAGAUGAGAAUGAAGUUAGGAAAAACAAAAGGAGCAAGUGUGGAAAUUCUAGAAAACAUUUCUUUAGUGAUAGUGCUCAGUGCCGUGUGUACUGCAAGCACCUUUCUCCUGGAGGGUGGGUGGCAUUUCACUUCCCUCUCUCCCAAGUCUAAUACGGCUUCAAAGAGACUACUUGGAAGCUUUGAUAUUUAUUUCAUGGAUCCAUGACUUACUCACACCUGGGGGAAAUUAAAGAAAGGAAGAAGGAAACUCAGAAAGAAAAGGAGUCACGACAAAGGAGGGAGCAAUUGUCUUGGAAGGAACUUAAAGGGACUUUAUUCAGAAGUCACGUCCUGUAACACACUCUGACAAGGAAAACCAGGCAGGUGUUGGAAUGCAAAGGAUGAACCAGGUUCGAAAGAGUUGUUUUUAUUAUCUGCGCUUGUGUUGCUCUGGCUUUUCUGCUUCUAAUAACCCUAAAAGGUCAAGGGCUGCAGCUGUUAAGUUUGAGGGCAGAGCUUGCAGGGUUAUCAGGUGUCAACGGUGUGCCCAUUUCCACUGUACCCUUUCACUUCGUAGGAAACCAAUGUGGAAAAGGGGGCGAAGCUUCACUUCAAAGCAACCUCAGGACCUUGAUCAUUAUAUUGAAUUGUGCUACAAAGUUUUUUGACAAGAAGGUCUAACAGGUCAAGAUUGCAAAUUUCAUAUUGCACCACAGAUCUGUUAAUGAACAGUGUAGCUGUGUAAAAUUAAGAUAUAGUAUUAAAAAAAAGAAAGACUUGGGGCCGGUGCUGUGGUGCUGUGGGUUAACACCCUGGCCUGAAGCGCCGGCAUCCCAUAUGGGCACCAGUUCGAGACCCAGCUGCUCCACUUCUGAUCCAGCUCUUUGCUAUGGACUGGGAAAGCAGUAGAAGAUGGCCCAAGUCCUUGGGCCCCUGCACCCACGUGGGAGACCCAGAAGAAGCUCCUGGCUCCUGGCUUCACAUCGGAGGAUUUCUAGCCAUUGCAGCCAAUAAGGGAGAGAACCAUCGGAUGGAAGACCUCUCUCUCUGCCUCUCUUCUCUCUGUGUAACUCUGACUUUCAAAUAAAGUAAAUAAAUCUUUUGAAAAAAAAAAAGGAAAGGCAUAUAAAAUUGCUGACAAAACAUUUCUGAAGCUAAGAUUGAGCCUCAAUAAUGAAAGAAGAGUUUGAGUUGUGCCAUGAUGUUUUUUACCUUCAGUCUAUAAAAAAAAUAAAUAAAACCUGUGUGCUGUUACAUUUGAACAGGACAAGUUCCCAUAGUAUAUUCAUAUUGAAUUCUAAAGAGCAGCAAGAUAAUAGAGGCUCCUUUCAUGAAAUUCUCAUCCUGCAUUGCACCAGUAGCUAUUUUUAAUGACAAGAAUGUGAACAAAUGCUUGAAUAAACAUCUCUAUUCAACAAUUGCUGAAACACCUAAAUUUAUCAAUUAGCCUUUAGCCUAUUUGUUGUAUUAAUCUAUUUAUCCAGCUAUACAAACCCAUCUAUACUUUCAUUAAAGCAAGUCAAGUGAAGUUACUGACAUCAUGACAAUUCUUCAUUUCAAGUCAACAUCUUUUGAAGUCAUCGGAAUGGGAGUGUUUCCUUCAGUAGCAGAUUCGUUCACUUUGGUUUGACCGUUUUGUUGAGGUCAUACUUUUUUUUAAAGAUAUAUUUAUUUGAAAGGAAGAGUUACAGAGAGGCAAAGGCAGGGAGAGAGAGAGACAGAGAGACAGAGAGUCAGAGAGAGAGAGAAAGUCUUCCAUCCACUGGUUCACUCCCCAAAUGGCCACAAUGGCCAGAUCUGAGCUGUCCCCAAAACCAGGAGCCAGGAGCUUCUUCUGGAUCUCUCACACAGGUGUAAGGCCUAAGGACUUGAACCAUCUUCCACUGCUCUCCCAGGCCAUAGCAGAGAGCUGGACUGGAAGUGGAGCAGCUGGGACUCAAACUGUCGCCCAUAUGGGAUGCCAUCACUGCAAGUGGCAGCUUUACCCACUAUGCCACAGCACCAGCCCUAGAGAGUAUCUAUACAUUUUUGAAAAAUAUCCUCAAAAUAUGUGAGGGGACAGUAGCAUACUACUGAGACAUUAGGAAAUUAUAGGGGCAAAAUUUAUAACACAAAGAAAAGUCAGAGAAAUAUCCCAGCAUUUGAGAAGGGCCUUUUUCAUCUUGAAGCAAUUGCUUAUUUGAAAGUAGUAAUAGAAAGACUAAGUUGAGGAUAGUUGUCAACAGACCCAGGGCUUAAAAACCAAAUUUCUUAAACAUUACUUAACUGCUGAAACAAAUGCCCAUCCCUGUUAAUAUCUUACAUGUUUUGAGAAGUGUCUAUUUGUCUCUAUUAUAAAAAAUUAACUCACACCUUCUUUCUCCCUUCUUCUUCCUUACCUGUCUCCUCCAUCACCUAAUUUUGAGGUCUUCCUUGGUGCAUAUAUUUGUUCUUUUAACACAUUAUGCCCCAUCAUCCUAUAUAUAGAAUAUCUAUAAAGACUUAUUGAGCAAUAAAUGCACCACUUAUAAUAACUUUAAGGUAAGUAUUAUAUCAUUGAAAUAUUCAGAGUUGAAAACUUAGGACUUAAUGGAUUAAAUAUUUUUAGAAUUCUAGUAAUCCAUGUCAGCCUACAGUUUUGUAUCUGACUCCUACCUAUUACAUAUGAUGGAAGGAAUGAAGGGAAGUACAAAGAAGUAGGAAGGAAGGUAAAAAGGAGGGAAGUGAGGAAGACAAAAUAAUCAAAGAAUAAUAUAACAAAAUAUGUUACCUCCAGCUUGUGAAAUGCUAUUCAAGUAUUUGUAUUUAUAUGUUGAUAGAUAUAUCACAUUCUAGGUGAAAAUGUAAGUGCUAAAACAAUAUUUUUUUCAAUUUCUAUUUAAUAAAUAUAAAUUUCCAAAGUACAA